CCAAAUCCUUCUGUGAUCCCCUGAUAUGGACGUGCUUGCCAUGUUGUGUAUGAUCUAUUAUUAAAACACUCCUUGUAUUCUUACAUUCCGAAAGAUUUCGGGCUGACUUCUUUAAACCGCCGCUUCAGAUCUCUUGGUAUUAACCAGUACGAACUAACGAUGGGGGAAGAGUUACUAUGGGGUGUUAAAAAUGGCGAUUUAGACAAAGUUCGUGAACUUGUCGAAAAAAAGGUUAGUACGUUCUUCUGUUCGAGGAAACAGAUGGCUGCUUUUUUGUACACAGCUUGAUUAGACCUAGGGAUUUAUUAAUUAAUAUUGCUAUAAAAAGCAUCAGAUGAUCUCGCUGUUUUAUGCUAUUGUGUUUAUAUUGAUUGAUGAUUUUACUGAUAAUUGAUUUUACUAAUAAUCAGAAAUAUUUUAAACUCGAUAACAUGGGCUAUCUAUUCCAAAUGUAGGUACUUAUUUAAAAUAUAACUUUACUGUAAAUGGUCUGACUAUGCAAAACUGAUCUUAAUAUAAAAUAGUUUGGAAAGUAUUUGUUGAAAGUUAUUGGACCUUGUUUGGGUUUAUUCUGACAGUAUAACGAAUAGAAUAGUAACAUGAUACACGCAUGCAAAUUGUGACAAUGAAGAAAGCAGAAAACUGUAGCAAGACUAUGGAAUUUUUUGUUUCUAAUAUUGUCACUCAGGUGCAAUCUAGUUUGUGAUGUUGCCUCCGAGAUCCCGUUUACACAGUAUCGGAGGGAUUUGGAACCAGGCUGAAAUUCGUCCUUUUUGGCCUUCCGUUUACACCCUAACAGGACGAAUUUGCGUGUAAACAGGCGAAAAAGGAUGAAUUUCAGCCCAGUCCCAAGUUCGUCUGGUACCAUGUAAACAGGGUCUUAGUGUGUCCGGACCGACGGAGCAAGCUGAAAAGUUUGCUUGACCAUGGUGGGAAUUGAACCAUCACCGAAACAAAAAUUCAAGAUUGUAAAAACACACUGAUAUCAAGGGAACUAGACUGAGUUCCAAAAUAUCACCCACUUGAACGGACUUGACCUCGGAGCUCAGUUGGUAGUGCAUUGGUCUAGCAAACCAAAGGUCACAAGUUCAAUACCCACAGCGGUCAAGCAAACUUUUCAGCUUGCCAUUAAACUAUCAAAGCAGCAUGUCGACACUUCUUGUUUGAUGAGACACAUAUAUGCACGAUCACAGAGUUCAAUAUAAUUCUGAAAAUUUGGUCUGACAAUAUAUCGGACCAACCCAUGUUUUGGUCAAACAUCAUCGGACAUUAAUGAUUUGUCUGCAGAACUAAAUACUAGAAAGCUUUACAAAGGCAUUGUACUGCUGUGAUUUUGCAGAAUCAACUAAAAAUUGUGGAAUUUGUAAAGUUCAGUGUUCACAGAAGUUGUGAUUAACAAGUUGUUCUUUUCAAAUUUACAACCUGAAUUCAUGACAAAUUUUGAUACUUUACAAUGUUUGAAAUACUUCUGAUAAGCCCUACAUUCUCUGCAGGCUCUAAUUUUGGCACAUAUCAGCAAUCGACUUGUCCCCAGUGGUCUCUGUGAACACACAAGCCAGCACAGUCGUGGAAGGGAAGGAAGAAACAAAAUCUCCCCAGGGCCGUGCCACCUGGGGGGGGGGGGUGUAACACCCCCAAAAGAGUAAAAACGGGGACCCAACUUGUGGGGAGGGGGCCUUGGCAUGCUGGAAUUGCAAAAUUUGUAAAUAACAUCAACCCACGGGGGCCCUGGAAUGGAAGCGGGCCCAAAUUUUGGAAUACACCCCCCAACCAGAAACCGGUUGGCACAGCCUUGAGUCUCCCUCGUUUCUCCCUUCCACCCCUGCGAGUGCUCUCCAAUUUGUCACCUGCACGUGUUCACGGAGACCACUGGGGACAUGUUCAUCUUGUGCCUCCAAACUUCAGUUUCUUUCUUUGGUCAAAAUUUUCUGGUAUUAUUUUCUGAUUUACUGAUAUUUCCUCAAAAUCACAAUCUUGCAAUUACUCUUUUUUCUGAAGUGGAUUUUUUUAUAAAUAGCAUAGAGAGGACUGCAUUUUUUGUAAAUUCCCUGACAUUCCCUAAAUUUCCAUGUAGGUCUUAUCAUGAAUUUCCUUAAUUUGUCAGGAUUUCCUGCAAUUCAGGAAAUUUCCUUACAUGUGGAAACACUGUUAAUUGUUAAAUAACAGUGUAGUAUAUAACUUUAUAAGACUGAGUGUGUUUAAACAUCAAAACACACUAAAUACUGCAAAACAAUGUAAUUGCCUUUAUUUAAUACUGUGCAUUAUAUUGAGCAUUUGUUUAAUCACUACACAUUCAUAUGGAAAAAAAUUUUCCUUUGCAAUAGACAACUUGCAUGUUAGACAAAUUUUUGAUCUAGACAAAAAAAGUAAAUUCCAAUAACGAACUUGUUAAAAUUAGUAACAUUGCAAAACUUGGUUACAAAAUGUUGUAAAAUACGGAAAAUAUAGCCUUGCGAAGUUUGCAUAUUUUGUAUAAUGUUUGUUUAAAGUUUUAUGUGCGGAAAUUGUUACCAUUUUUGAUCCGAAAAUGGUAACAAUUUCCGCACGUAAUACAAACAUAUACAAAAUUUGCAAACUUUGCAAGCUUUACAACAUUUCGCAACCAAAUUGUGCAAUUUUGCUAAUUUCAUUAUGUCCGUUUUAGCUGUGCUGUUUGAUUCCCUUCUCUUUACUUAGAUUAAAAUUUAGUCUAACAUGCAAAUUGUUUAUUACAGUAGUUUUGCAAGAAUGAGGGGAACAGUUGUUCAAAUCAACACAGCGAGGUGGUUGGCCGUAAUGCCAUGCGGAGCAAUCAGCAGACGGCCACAUCAGUAUUUUGCUUUUUCGGAUGGCCAACUGUUAUAUUGAACUUUGAACAUGGCCUGUAAAAGUGAUGAAUACUGUAUGUAAUGUCCAGCCUCCUGGCAUUAGAAUAUUUCAGAAUAUUGCUUCAAAGCAAUCUCUCUACAUGUACUGUAGGCACGGUCUUAGCUAGAGGGCCGUGUUGGCCGUGUUAUCGCGGCCGAAAGUGGAAAAACACGGCUAGAUAAAAUGAACGCGGCUUCAUUAUUUAUAUAAGGCCGUGUAGUUUCAUAAAAUAAGGUGUUGCUACUUACAACAGACAUAAUUUCUUCCUAUUUACGUCGUAAGAAAGUUUGUAAAAUCUACUGUUGUUGUUGAAUUGGCAAAAGUGAUUCGUGAUGUUUUGAUGGAUAAUGGAAACUGUAUGGUGUUAAAAUGAAAUAACUUAAUAUUUUAAUGUCAGUGCGCAAUCUGAGUGUAUGCUCGCCUUGUAUUUGGUUGCAAAGCGUAGAACAACCACAAGCAUUAUUGUUGGCGAGCACAACUAGAACCGCGAUUUUGCUAUUCAAGGUAAUUGACAUGUACACGCCCUGGUCAUUAGAAACACGUCCAAGAUCUAAAAUCCUAGCUAAGACCCUGAGUCUGUAGGUACGGCCAGUAAACACCGAAUCUGUAGUUUGACAUUUAUAGGGGGAGCGGGUGUAGCUUAGAUUGGUUUCCUUCAAACACGUUGGCACACUCUAUGGCCAAGGUCAGAAAUUUAGUUUUCAUUAUAAUUCAAGCUCCAGUUAUAAUAACAUCCUCCCCUAGCCAACUCUAAUGUUGGCCUUUGUCCACCUAUUUUUGCCAAUGCGUAGUCAACUGUUUGGAAUGUGUUAAGAAAAGGAGGCCGUGUUUACACUAUAACGCUACGGCUAGCAUUCCGUUAAAAAUUCACUACGUUUCAUUUGCUUAUUACCUGCCUCCCUAUAGUAUGUAUCUACGAAAACUCACUUUUAUCGUUCGGUAAAAACUUACAAGACUCGAAUCAUGUCUAUUAAUUUAAUGAUGUAUUCUUGGACUGUCUGUGCCAGUGUAGGUGGUGGCAAUAAUACAGUAUGAACAAGCUUUCGUUGGCAUAGGGAUGCUGGAACUAUACCUGAAAAAUAUAAGGAGAAUUUCGACGUUUUGAGCGAAGGGCCUGAGCCUGAGGAAACGAUAAAUUUCAUGUUUCCAAUUCUUGUGCUUUACUGUCGCUGUCUAGAUCACCUUCUUUACAGGGAUGGAUCCAGCAUGGUCUGGUAGGAGGGGUGCUCCGCCAAAAAAAAUUUUCGGAAAGCAACAACCUCCCCCCCCCCCAUCGACAACUUUUUAGGGAAAAAAUUUUUCUGGACGAGUACGUUGCAAUUGCUUUCCAGUGACUUUACACAUCCAUCAACUUGCUUAACCACUGCAAAGUCUAGCUACAGUAUUUGAAUUGUAAUUGUUGUUCACAGUUCGCUUAUCAUCAUGUUAUUACUCAAAUUACUGAAUCUCAUUUUGUCUCUGAUAAUUUUUUGCUUUAUCAUGAAAAAUAGCACACCCCCCUGCACCCCUCCUGCCCAGGGCUAGGGGGGUGUGCACCCCCUUGCACCCCCCCAGUAAAUCCAUCCCUGCUUCUUUAUCAUCCUCACGAAUCGCUUGACUUCGCAGGCCUUAAAAUAUCUUUUACAGGGCCGUCGGACAAAAUGUCCGAUGACUUUGAGUUUGGGUCGGGCAUAUGUAUGAUGAUGUCCGAUGACCUUCAAUUCAGUUUGGCUCGGAAAUAAGUCUGAAUGACGCAAAUAUCAGCACAAUAUAUUAAUUCAGAACUAAAUGUUGUGAAGAUAUUAAAUAAUUUGUGUCAUUCAUACUUAUUUCGAAGCCAAGAUUUACGUGCGUGGAGAAAGCGUCGAACAAUGCUACAGUUCGGUCGGACACCAAUUCACUUGGGUCGGACAAAGAAUAAACAUCACUUUCACUUAGGUCGGACAGAAUGUCCGGUGGUUUCCUCCCUACGUCGGACAAUUUGACGAAUGGGUCGGACAAUGUCCGUGAUCGACCGAUAUUUUAAGGCCUGACUUCGCCAUUCGCUUUUGGCCAUCAUCGCUGAGUUAUCUUUCGGUGCUUGAAACGGAGAACUUGUAGGAACUGGAACUCAUGGCUUGAAAGUUUACUACAUCUGGUGUGCCAAAUUCAGAGAAUUCUGCUUGGGAUUUUGACAUUUCCAUGGCUUUAUCGGCGUCUAGUAGCUUAGUUAAGCUCUGUAAGAUCCACGUUUUGAAGUGUUUUCAUGCAAAGUUUGUGUGAUAUAUAGCAGUUCUAUCCAAUUUGGUUUUUAACAUAAACUCGUUGUCUGUGAAAAGCUGAAAUCUUGAUUAGGUGACAUGUCUAGACAAGAGGACACGUAUUCCUCGUACUCUUGGUGCUUCUUGGGUGUGAAAUAGUUUGGUAACGCCGUAGUUGCCUUUUCGAACAGUUCUUCGUCCUCUCCAGCCUCGGUGUUGUGUAACGUUUCGAAUAUUUCGUUCACACAAAGCUCUUUAUAUGGUAUAUAUCUGACCUCAACGUCCACGAUGUCUCUUUUGUCACCCAUAACCGUUCUCGUCUCACUUUCAACCCAAACCUGGUGCUCAAGACUCCCUUUUGUAAAACUACGACCUAUCAGAACUCAUACUUCAACAGAAUAGUAAAAUCAUGAAACAAUGUUUGUAAAGUAGCUCCACCAAAUACUUUCUCUAGCGUUCGAACAUUUAAACAUUACCUUCAUAAUUUGUAUUCUAUGUUAGUUUCUACUCUAUUCGAUGUAAACUUGGCAUGUACUACUUGGCCCAUAUCACGUGAUUGUUCUUAUCACAGGAGUUGACUAUCUCAUUGUAUGAACUCGCUUUUUGUAUUUAAAUCGUGAACUGUUUGUUGUCAAUCCUAUACAGGGUGUAUAAAAAAAGGUAAUCGAACUUCAGCGCGCUAUUGUAUCUGAAUUACUCUGCGUUACUGCGUGUGAACGAGAUUUUUCAUAUUCGGAAAGAUCAUGCUUUUAGCUGUUGAAUGAUAUGUUCUUCACGCCAAAUGGAUAAAAAAUGAGCAAAUACGAAUCCGAUAAAAAAUGUUAGUCAGAAUCGAAUAUCUUCACCGUUGAGAGUUGGGUCUAAAACCAUUGAAAAUUACCCCCUUUGGGACUUAAGUUGAUGAAAAUUCACUUCAAUAAACGACGCACAUAUUCAUAAUUAUUAUUAAGUGGGAAUAAAUCUUGGCUAAGCUACUAAAAGUUUGUGAUUAAUUGCUUUUUCGUUUGUUAUGCACUGCUUUAAUUAGGCACAGAGGUGAAAAUAUGCGAUUCUGACUAACAUUUUUUAUCGGACUCGUACUUGCUUGUUUUUUCUCCCCUUGACAUGAAAAACAUGUCAUUCAAUAGCUAAAAGCCUUAUCUUUUCGAAUAUGAAAACAACUUGUUCAUACACCGAGUAAUUCACGUACAAUAGCGCGCUGAAGUUCGAUUACCUUUUUUUCAUACACUGUGUAUUUGUAUAUAUCUUGUUGGAGAGAUGCCUUGCAUGGGCAGUGUAGUAUAUUUAUAGUACUUACCGUUCGCACCUCUUCCAUUUGGGUAAGUAUCUUCUGUGUAUAGAUGUUCGGUUUUGUUUACCCAAUAAAGUGUAAAGUACAUACUUUCUCCAGCAUAGUGCAGUAAUGAACUCUUUUUGUGUCGUCUACAUCUAAUGCUAGCAGAAGAUUUUUAAACCGAGUGAGCCAUUUUUUCCAAUGAAUGCUGCACUGUAAAAACAUUGGUUAAAACAUCCAAUAAAUCAAUUGGUUAUCUCGGAUUUGUUGCAGGGUGUUUUAACCAAUUUGUCCCCAUAGUGUGACUGGGUGCGUCCGAAUGAACAUCAAACUCAGCAAACUGCUGUAGAGCUACUGCCAUGUUCUACGAUUUUUCUUGAUUAUAUUCAGCGAUUGUUCAUGUUCCAUCACCAAAAUCUCCUGUGGGGGCUUGGAUCCAUCCCCUCGUCAAUAAUACAAUAAAUGUAGUUAUUUAUGGCUUUCAUAGCUUUUUACGUUCUCAUUUUAGGGAUGCAAUGUAAAUGGUGAAUUGAUGAAUGGUAGAAAUCCUAUUCAUUUUGCUGCUGAUUAUGGUCAACGUGAAGUGAUUGAUUAUCUCGUCAACCAGGGUGCAGAUAUGAACGUAAGGCUUUUCUUACACUAUACAAUGUAGAGCAGUUGAAAUAUUGCCGCUCCAAAUGUUUUCACAUCUGUCCGUUGUGUAUGUGUUUAUUUGUUAGCAAGGUCAACAACUAUCAGUCUAAUAAAAACAUUAACUAUAAAGUCUACUUACAGUCAGAUGUAUACAAACAUUUGUAGUGGGCUGUAUUCGACUCUAAAAUCGUAUAAUAAGUAUUUCUAUUUGAAGAAAUUAACUUGCAGAGAGUUUGUAACCGAAGAUUUAUCAUUCCCAACAUCGAAGGCUAACAGCAAAACCAAAUCAGGGUGCUAUAAUUCAUGUUUUUUAUAGUCAUAUAAGUUUUAUAUUUACAAUAAUCAUGUAUGAUUGAUACUCUAAUGACAAGUUUGUAACAGCUUUAAAUACUACCAACUAUAAAUAAAGACUCACGGAAUACUUACUCUUUGAAAUGAUAUACUGUACAUAAAGUGCAUAUUUCUGAAUGGUAUUCAUUCAGUAACCUGAAACUACGAGUUAGAACGAGGUGGAUUUGCAUACACAAACACUACAAUGGACUCGUACAUUCCUUUGUCUCAUCAGUCCAGUCAUGUUUCAUGCCAAGACAUGUCAGAGGUUCCUAUAUACCUUUACAUAUACAGUUUGCAAUACCUUGGGCUUGGUAAGGUCAUAUAAUACCAGCAAAAUGUAAGUACCCAGACGGUAGUACUUGGUUGAGAACAAAGAAAUACCAGACCCCACCCUGGUAACAUUUGGGCAACAAAACAUGGUUAGGUGUGUUGUUUUGUCAAUGAUUCGUCUAACCUUGGGGACAUUUGUAAUUUGUAAGCCUGUGCCCUGCCAAAAAUGACAACUAUUAGACACAAAAAAUUGUGAUCGGGCUGAAAGAUUUCCCUCAUUGUAAUAAUGUGCAAUGAAAGUAAAAAUAUGCAAACUAAUGACGUGGAAAUAAUGUAAUAAAGUCUCGACUGAGCCCGCAAUUAACCAUUAAGAUCAAAUUUUCUCAUUUUAAAUAGAUGGUGUUCCAAUGUUAUAUAUGAAAACAGUUGAUUUAGUUUGAUUUAUUUGCAGGUGCCAGAUAAACAUGGAAUAACACCAUUGCUUGCUGCAAUAUACGAAGGCCACUUAGAGUGUGUGAAAUUGCUGUUAGCAAAGGUAAUUACUAUUAAUAUUAUAACUCAAAUUCUACAAUGAUAAAACGGCGUUGUACCAUUUGACGAGGCGAUUUUUACAAUAUUCUAUCCCAGUUCUCAAUCUCCGAGUGUGAAGUGCAACAUUUUGCCCCCAAGCACAGGAAAUUUGCAAUAGUAUCAAGUGUACAAGUUUCAAGUGCGACUUACACCAAAUACGAUUUUUGGUUUGUGUCAUAUUUGGCUUAUUCUAAGAAGAAAUGUAGUACAUCACCAUUGUAAGAAAUCUCGUCUUGAUCAACCUUAUCACUGUUAAAGUUUCCAGAUACAAUCUCAUAAGUUGAAUUUUUGCUGCCAUCCAUUCUACUCUAUAGGAAUGGCUAAUUCCUUUAGAGGCAACAUAAAAUGUCUUACUACAUAAUAACCUUGUCAUUUUCUCUCCCCCAUAUUGAAUACCAGAUAGACAACAACAACAUAUUUACAUUUUGCCGACUUAUACGAAUAAGAAUCGAUUAAUUUUCUCCAGAAAGGCUGCCAUGACGUCAAGCGCAAACCAAGAAUAAACGACAAGAUUGACAUGAAACUAUAGAAAUUACAUUCAUACAUCUCUCGGGCAACAAUUAUCUCUGGUACUAGCAAACUUUAUUUAAGUCUGUUUAUUUUUCAGGGUGCUAAAAAAGACGGCAAAUCUCCCACCGGUGAGUCGUACAAAGACGCCGCAGAAACGCAAGAAAUGAAAGAUCUGCUGUAAAAUACUGAGUUCAGCAGAAUUAGAAAUAGAGUACGAUGGUAGUAAUAUAAUCUUUUAAUUUGCCUUUUGUAAGUAUAGUUUACAAAAUUGAAAUUUACAAGUGCAUGUAUUUUGAACAUGAGGAAAACCUGUUCGCAAAAAGAAAAGGGAGCAACAAACUCAGCUAAAGUCAGCUUCGUAUGUUACAAUUAGUGAGAGGCAUGAGAAUAUGUCACCACAUAUGCAGUCGAAAGCCGCUUAAAAGAACCAUGACUUCAGAUUAUAGUGGGUCCAUACAGGGUGUAUAAAAAAGUGCGCAUGCAGUUCUAAAAAUUCCGCAACAUUUUUAACUUUAUGUUAAUAUGGGUAGUUUGGGGUCUUCUGGUAUCUUUAUCACAAAAUUAUUCCGAAAAAUAAAUUUUCGAAUGCAGCAGGGCUGUUUUGCAAAACCACUUUAAAAAUGGCUUGCGCACAAAAAUGGUAGGUUUGAAACGCAAUUACAAUUCAUAGGGUACAAAUGUAGAAGGUAUUUUAUGAACUAUCAAAGUACCAGAUAAUUUGAUGUACAUUACGUCAAACGCGCGACCUCUAAAACGUGGACAUUUGCCACAGUGACCUUUCAAGAGAAUGUAAGAAAUCAAGUAAAAUCAUUCAUGCGUGUGAUAAAUAAAGCUGCUAUGGCAAAAGUCCACGUUUUAGAGGUCCCGGGUACGACUUAAUGUACAUCAAUUCAAAUUAUCUGGUACUCUAGUAGUUCAUAAAAUACCUUCUAAAUUUGCACCCAAUGGAUUCAAUUUUUUGUAUACACCCUGUAAUAAUUUUGGGUAUUUAGUAAGAAAUUAGGCCAUGGUGGUUAUUAAAUGUUUCUUAUUUUCUAGUUAGAAACAAUCAUAGAUAUCUUAUAUACACUAGAUAGCGCAUCUCCUUUAGUAAAAUUGAAGCCAAGAAUAUUCCAGCGGUUACCCCCAAUUGAAUAGAUGGCGGCCAUGUUGGAGUUUCCCACUCGCUAAUAAACGCUUAAAAAACAACAAUAACUUUCAUCAUUUGAAUAGUUUAAAAAUUUUAAUGGAAUAAGUUUAACUUAAUGUUUAAGUUCCCUGUUUAAGAAAUAGAAAACAUACGAAUCUUCUCAUUUCAUGGGAAUACCCUGAGCCUGCAAUCACGGCUUCAAUUUUUGAAUUGCAGAAUAAUUAGAUGCACUAUCUAGUGUAUAUAAGAUAUCUAUGGAAACAAUUGACGUUUUUUAUUCACUAAUACUAGUUGACUGCGUCCUAAUUUGAUAAAGUGAAUUCAUUGUUGAUUAUGAACAACCAACAUGUGCAAUAUUAAAAUAAGUUCUUGCCGGAAUAUUCAUGCUUUCGCUGCAGCAAAAGGGCGAAAGUUAAUAUCAUGCGGUUCUUAGUCCACUGGUUCUUUUAUGCGGGUUUUAUUUUGAUUAAAUAGUGAUGGAUCAAUACACCAUGCAUCUAACUAUCCUAGUUCGAAAAUUGUACAAACUACAGAAAUAUGCGGAGGUCAUAUACCUUUUACCCUUGUCACGGAUCGCUUUGUGGAUGGAUAAUAGAGAGGUUAAGAUACCCCGAUUCCGGUUUACGGGUACGGGUGAUAUACACGUACCCGUACCCGUAAAUCGGGGAAUAACUUGUAACUUAAGAAAUCCAAGAUACUCCGGCGUGAGAAAACCGAUCAAAGAAUGGCAACUUUCGCUGUUGAGGUUCGUCGUAAAUUGUUGAAAACUUUGACCAGCAUAUGUGCAUUAUUUAUUGGGGUAAGAUGCUGAAAAUUUGUACUAUUUAAACGGCCCAAAAAUAGUAAACAGAAACCACCCGUACCCGUUUGUCGUUUACGUGUAGACCCCGGUUUACCGCGGGGAAACGGGUAGAAAUUACGGGUAAAAUUGCUGACAUCAGCAAAAAUUGGUAAACAAAAUGGCGAUACUCGUACCCGUAAACCGGAACCGGGGUAUCUUAACCUCUCUAUUAUUAAAUUUAUAUUACGUGUUGCAUAUCAGUGGGAGAGCAAUUAAAAACCAUGAAAAUAUUGAAGACU